AUGGGAAUGUCACUUAGUUUUGACAGCCCUUCAUCCCCGCUUGGUGUUGCAAAUUCCCCCGUCUUUCAGAAAUACUUCCCAAGGCUCUUUAUCCUCCAGGAACUUCUAUGCGAAUCUUCCUCGCGCCUUCUGGUCUUCGACGAGAGCAAGAGCGAAGCCGUUUUUAUCGGAAAUCCUCAUUUAGUGGAAUAUACGGUGGGUCGAGUCAGCGUCGACCUCAAGAACCAGAUGGAUUUCGCUGCCAUGCACGUUAAGAUCUCGCUAAUAAGACGCGCCGGCUACAUCCUCAUGAACGUCUACAUACCAUCGACGUUGCUGUUGAUUGUGAGUUACGUCACACUGUACUUUAGGGUCGGGAUAUUCCAAGCCAGGGUGUUGGGGUCCCUGACGGCGAUGUUGGUCAUGGCUACGCUGUUCACCCAGGCGUCUUCCCACCUCCCGAAGACGUCCUACUUCAAGAUGGUUGACGUGUGGCUCCUGACGUGCAUCGUCGUCAUCUUCAUCGUCAUCGUCUUCCACGUUAUGAUCGACAGGGCGUUCGAGAGGGCCGAGAAAGCCCUUUCUGCGCAUCCUCCUGCAGGGCUGUUGGAGAAACAAGCCCCAAGAAUACAUCCUUUAGGAGUAAGAUCGACCUUAGCCUCCUCCAAGGACCCGAGGAGCACCUUGGAGUUCGUGUCCACCAGCAGGAGUAACAGCAUCCAGUUCCGUCCUCCGGAAAAGACGCCCCUCUACAAGAACUUGGUCCUCGGCGCCCGGGUGGUCAUCUUUGUGGCUCUUCUGGUCUUCAACCUCGUCUAUUGGACUAUUGUUCUUGGACCUCCAAAGAUAAAGAUUUAUAGGAGAGUUGGCAACCCACAACUCUGUCCUACAAGAAAGCCAGACCUUGAUUUCUUCAGUGCUGGAAUUGCUGUCAGAAGGGAAGGUGUUAUCGUGAUGGCUCCGGUCGGGUUCACUAUACAUGUGGUGGUGAUGGUGUUGGCACUGGUGUUGAGCGUGUCGAGAACACAAGACAUCAUCUUCCCCAAAGAGGAAUUCGAGAGCUGUCAACUCAGGUCCGGGCGCCCAGGGAUCUGUCGCCUUAUCCGCUCGUGCCCUGAGGUUCUGCAGACGCUGGCCACUCAGGACCCGGUUCAUUGUGGCUUCGUCGGGAGGGAACCACUGAUCUGCUGUCCGCCCACGAGAUCGGGUGUGACUGAUGACCCAACGGAUACACUCAACCCUAUUUUGGACAUCUCUCCCCCUCAAGUCAAUUUUGAAUGCGGAGACUCCACCCCCGUCGAGCUCUUCCCCCUCCUGGUCUCCGUGGGCCCCCCCUUCCCCUCCCUCCCCACCCCGCCCGUCGACCACUCUCUGACCCGCCUGUUGGAGGACUUACAACGAAAGGGCUUCACCAUCACCGACGUCCAGAGAGACGGGGACAGGGUCGUGAGCUUCGGGUGGUCGAACGGGACUCACUCUGGCUUCGAAUCCCCGAGGAUUAUCGCCGCAGCUAUCGGGGGCAGGACGGCCAGAUUCGUCCUCGCGAAGUAUAUGGCCUUGUUGGGUGACAGAGACCCGAGUGGUUUCACUGACUGGUUCUGCGACGGCGUGCUCAUCAAUGAACAGUGGGUGCUGUCAGCCGCGCAUUGCUUUCUACAGCGGAAGUUGACGGUGGUGCGCCUCGGGGAACACGACUACAGCGACGACGAGGAGGGAGCAAGUCAUCAGGAUUUCGGUGUCGCGCAAGUGAUCAUUUACCCUGACUACACCUUCCCUCAGGCUUAUCACGACCUGGCGUUGGUCAGGCUCGAACGCAGGACGGGCUUUUACGGUGAGGUUAACAUCAACCCAGUGUGUCUUCCUUGGGGUAGAGAGGCUGAGACAGACCUUGUGAACCAGGUCAUAACACUGACGGGCUGGGGCGCGACUGAGCACGGUGGAGCUGGCAGUCCCAUCCUACAAGAAGUGAACCUGACUGUCUUCCACCACUCCCGCUGUGACGAGAGCUACUCCACUCUACCCCAGUACUCCCGGGAUUGGCCCAGCGGCAUAGGAACGGAGAGCCUCUGCGCCGGAGACCCCAAAGGAGGCAAAGACGCGUGUCAAGGAGACUCUGGAGGCCCCGUGGUUUACCUGGACAGGGCCAAGCGCUACGUCCUUGCUGGUGUCGUGUCCAGAGGUUAUGGAUGCGGCCUUCAGGAAUUCCCGGGUCUGUACGUCGAUGUCCGCCUCGGCACCUACCUCGCCUGGAUUAAGAACAUGGCCUUCUCGUAGGGAAUGGGCAGGCAUGGGUGAAGAAAUAUGGGAUUGGUUGCUCGUACGUAGUGGGGAGGCAAUAAUAAAUAGGGUAAUGGUUUCUUGUAGAGAGUGAAAGGAGAAAAUGAUAAAAAGGGUAAUGGUUUGACAUAGAGAAUAGAUAGAAACAAUAUAUUUAUUAAAGUAAUGAGGCGAUAUUAAAAUGGAUGUGGAUUCUCACAGAGAGAGUAGAAACAAUAAUAAAAAUGUUAAUGGUUUCUCAUAAGGAGUUAUAAGCGAGAAUGAUAGAAAAAUGACUGAAACUCGAUAUUAACGGAAAUUCUUGAAAUAAAAAAAGAUGUUUGAUGUUUCGUAAUAAAGAGAUAAAAGUU